CCGGUAACACCAAGGCGAACAUUUGCGAAGCGUUUUCCUUCGAAAUCGGUCCAAAUCGUUCCUUUUAGCUGUAUAGAAUUGUAGUUUCUUGCAACGGUGUUCUUUUGGUGUAUUACGUUAUAAGUUGUUCAACCAAUUCGUGUGUUUUAAAGUGUCAAAUCGAAUAAAUACCCGCAAUAACUUUAGAAUUUAAGCUUCCCCUUACCCCGCAAUGUUCCUGAUAAACGAAACCGAUGCGGCCAUAUUUCCGAUGGCUCGUACCGGUGAUAUGCCCAAGAUGCUGGGCUGGAAUCUACCUGCAGACCAGCAGCACUUGGUGCAUGAACAUUGGAAGGAUUUCCCGGCACCACCAUACUACAUGCACCUGCUGCUGGCAAUGAUCUACUUCGUGCUGAUGAAUGUUUCGCUGAUCGGCAACGGUAUCGUUGUGUGGAUUUUUUCAACAUCGAAAUCCUUACGCAACGGGUCCAACAUGUUCGUGGUGAAUCUAGCCAUUUUCGACCUUCUGAUGAUGUGUGAAAUGCCAAUGUUCCUGGUAAACUCCUUCGCCGGGCAUUUGGUUGGCUUUGAAACGGGUUGCGCUGUGUACGCCGCACUCGGGAGUCUAUCGGGAAUCGGAGGCUCCAUCACCAACGCAGUCAUCGCGUACGACCGAUACCGCACCAUUUCCAACCCUCUGGACGGCCGCCUGAAUAGAGUACAAUGUGGUAUUCUGAUUUUCAUCACCUGGCUGUGGGCAAUGCCAUUCACGUUGCUACCCGUGUUCAAAAUUUGGGGUCGAUACAUUCCGGAAGGAUUUCUUACUACGUGCUCCUUUGACUACUUGACCGAUGAUUCGGAUACUCGUGUCUUUGUCGGAUGCAUCUUCACCUGGGCUUACGUUAUUCCGAUGAUUCUCAUUUGCUACUUCUACGGACGCUUGUUUGGUCACGUAAGCAAGCACGAACUUAUGCUGAAGAAUCAAGCUCGUAAAAUGAACGUAGAAUCGCUAGCAGCGAACCGUAACGAAAAAGCUCAGUCCGUAGAAAUGCGGAUUGCCCGGGCUGCCUUCACCAUAUUCUUCCUGUUUGUUUGUGCAUGGACCCCGUAUGCAAUCGUCACGAUGAUCGGUGCCUUUGGAGACAGGACACUGCUUACGCCGUUCUUCACCAUGAUUCCAGCGGUGUGUGCCAAGAUAGUGUCCUGUUUGGAUCCAUGGGUGUACGCCAUAAGUCAUCCGAAAUAUCGACAGGAGCUGGAACGACGACUACCCUGGAUGGGUAUUAAGGAGCCUGGGGAUAAUAUUAGUACGACAGAUAGCAAGCAAACAGUCGUGUCAGACUCGGUUCCUAUGGGGCCAAACGGAACCGAUUGAAUUGAACAAUUUUUUAAUAUAUGCCCAAAAACAAUUUCUCAGUUGCAAUACUUGGAAAAUCGAUGUGGACCAAAGGCAAUGUUUGACGGAUUUCGAUCUAAGGAAUAAAUAGUAUGUAAGAAAUAUAUGUUAUUCAAAGCAAUUCAGAGCAUCCCAGAAAAUCAAAAAAAAAAAAUAAAGAGAGAACUGCAUGAUAAAAUUG